AUGGACCAAAAUAAUGGCACUGAAAGGACUGAAUUCAUUCUUCUGGGAUUUGCCGGCCAACACGAGACUUGGCCUAUCCUCUUUAUGGUAUUUCUAGUGAUCUAUGUGACCUCCUUGGUGGGUAAUAUUGGAAUGGUCCUACUCAUCAAAAUUGACCCUUGCCUUCAUACCCCUAUGUACUUUUUCCUCCAACACUUGGCGUUUGUGGAUCUCUGUUACACCUCUGCUAUCACUCCCAAGAUGUUGAAAAAUUUUGUAGGGACAGAUCAUUCCAUCUCAUUUAUAGGAUGUGUGGUACAAUUACUAGUCUAUGGAACUUUCGCAACAAUCGACUGCUACAUCCUGGCUGCCAUGGCAGUGGACCGUUACGUGGCCAUCUGCAACCCACUUCGCUACCCAGUUGUCAUGUCCCAGAAACUCUGCAUUCAGCUGCUAGCUGGUUCAUAUGUCAUGGGUUUCCUAAAUGCUUCUGUAAACACAGGUUUUACUUUCUCAUUGAAAUUUUGCAAGUCCAAUGCAAUUAAUCACUUUUUCUGUGAUGUACCUCCAAUUCUUGCCCUUUCUUGCUCCAAUGUUGACUUCAACAUCAAGGUACUAACUGUCUUUGUGGGUUUGAACUUGACAUGCACCGUGUUGGUGGUCAUCUUUUCCUACCUAUAUAUCCUGGCUGCCAUCCUGAGGAUAUCUUCUGCAGAGGGGAGGAAAAAAGCCUUUUCCACAUGUGCCUCCCAUCUGACAGCAGUCACAAUUUUUUAUGGGACUCUCUCUUAUAUGUAUCUACAUCAUCGUACCAAUGAAUCUCAAGAGCAAGAAAAAGUGGCUUCUGUGUUUUAUGGCAUUAUUAUCCCAAUGUUAAAUCCUUUGAUCUAUAGUCUAAGAAACCAAGAUGUGAUAGAAGCCUUUAAAAGAAUAGGAAAGAAAUGUUUCUAA